AUGGCGGAAUCAGAUGAGGCCGAAGUAGAGUAUUGUUCUGAACAUUUGAACGUCGUAAAAGAGGUAAAAAUAGUCUUUCAGGGGAAAGAGAAAGAGAAAUAUUUUAUCAAUCGUGUAAAGUACAUUUCACUGCAUUUCAGGCAAACGAAAGGAGCUUUGUAGAGCUGCUUACAAACGCAUGUGCAUGUUGUAUCACCCGGACAAAAGAUCCCGCGAAAAAGAAAGUAAGGUUAAAAAUCUUUAGGCCUUGUUCGCACUGAGCAAAAUUACACACAAGUACAAACGGAAUUCAGAAUAUAUUAUUUUUUAAAAAGCAUUUGUUCUCGAGCAAAGACAGACAAUAGAUUAAUGUAACAAUCGUUAGUGUACGUUAUCCCAAAGAAGGUCACAAUUAAGGAUUUAUUCUUUAACUAUGCCUCUUUGGCUCUACUGACAUUAAUGUUCUUGAACAUAUAUCGUUUAUUUCUCAUGGCCAUACCAGACAAAGUAAGCUUAAUUCUUUCAAUCUUAAAACUCCUCUUUGCCGAACCUGUACUUUUAAGGCUUCUUAUUUUAAUCUUAUUACUAAUUUAUGGAAUGUUGUCAUUUCUCUUAAGUCACUUAGUAAUUUCUCUAGUCCACAAUCUUUUAAACAGUUUGUUUAUAAAACCAUGUUCACCACUGUGGUUAAAGGAGCUGUGUCACGAAAUUCAGCCAAAUAAGGAAAUUACGAAAUGACCGUUAAAUUAAGAAAAACAUAAAAAUAACCGCUUAAAGCUUUAAAGGAAGGAUAAAAUAACUUAACAGAAACAAAAGAUGCCACGGAUGGGCAAAACUGAAGAAGAUUGAAACGGAUUGAAAUUAGGGUUUUUGAAAACUGUUCAGCCUAACAGUUUUUCAAAGUUGAUCCCUGCUGCUUGCAACUUCAAAAAUAAUGCUCAAGAGACAUAUUUGUUUGUCUCGGAUCUCUGAUUUUGUCAUUUACCUGUAAUUUCUUUGCUUACUUUAAGUUCCAUAGCGAUUGAGGGCGAGUAAUUGGCAAAAUUAAACAACAUGAACUGGACUGCCGUGACAAAGCCGCUUUAAUACAGUGAGGUGGAAGGAUCUUGCACAUGGGCUUUUAAUAGUAAUGACCUGUUCCUUUCUCAGGUCAAAGUGACUGUGCGUAUCACCCCAGGGGGUACUCCAGAUUUCAAGUGACAGGGACAAUUGAAUGGGGGCAAAAAUCAAAACCCAAAAAAAUCCCUGGACCAAAAUUUAACCCCCAAAAAUCCCAUGCUGAAUUUCCGCGCCAUAAAAAUUUCUAGACAGCAGAGACAGUCACAAAACAAGUUUUUGGUUUUAUACUUUAUUCACAAAACUAAUGUGGCCAGGCGUAUGCAGGAAGUAUCACGAAUCUUCACAUUGUUUUUAAUAGCCCAAAAAAUCCCUACUUAAAGCAAGCUACCCAAAAAAUUCUUGCCAAAAUUUUCCUAUCCCAAAAAAUCCCCAAAACAAAAAUUUCAAACCCCCCAAAAAUCCCUCUUUUAUCCCUGUUACUUGAAAUCUGGAGUACGGUCUGUACCCUCCCUUGGCUAGCCUGCAAACAGCAGACGCAUUUACAACCGCAAAAUGCGUCUGCUGUUUGCAGGCUAGCCAAGGGAGGGUACAGACCGUACUCCAGAUUUCAAGUAACAGGGAUAAAAGAGGGAUUUUUGGGGGGUUUGAAAUUUUUGUUUUGGGGAUUUUUUGGGAUAGGAAAAUUUUGGCAAGAAUUUUUUGGGUAGCUUGCUUUAAGUAGGGAUUUUUUGGGCUAUUAAAAACAAUGUGAAGAUUCGUGAUACUUCCUGCAUACGCCUGGCCAAGGGGUAGCCUGCAAACAGCAGACGCAUUUUGCGGUUGUAAAUGCGUCUGCUGUUCGCAGGCUACCCCUUGGCCUAUCACAGCCACUUUCUAUAUAUCUGCCUUAGUGCAUCACGCCGGUAAAGUGUUGAAAACCUUGAGAUUUCACUGUAUACCUAAGGUCGACAAUUAAAUCUACUUCAAACCAAGGCAAUGUUUAAAAUUGCUUGAGAUUUAUAAAGAAACAUUUUAUGCUUUUAGAAGAACUAAAUUACUAUAUUUACUAUACACACACUGAGACAUUCAUCAUUUUGGCAGCCUUUUUAUUUUAAAUCUUUCCAAAGUGGCAAAGUUUUCCUCUACAUACCUACACGAGGGUGAGGAUAUGAGGUAUUCCACUGAAUUACAAGUUAUGUUAACUUUUUGUUCUGAAUGCACAAUUGAAAUAAAUGAAUUUAAGUAAAAUGCCCAAUUUGAAUAUUUAACAAUUGAUUCCACAAGUGUGUGUGAGUGGAAUAAUAAUUAUUUUAUAAAAAAUGCCCACAAAAUAUUGAGAAUUCUUCCCAACUUAAUUUGUCAAAACAAGUGAUUUUCAGCUUGUUUUUUUUAGCAGACGCAUAUAGUACCGUAUUUAAUAGGAGAGCAUGGUAUGGUCACUUGCAUGUAUGGCUUGAUCAUAAUUACUGGUAUACCAUGAUCACUAAGCCAAUCAGAGUACCAGAUUUGUUUAUUCAAUUAGUAAUUUGGGUAUACACACUCAGCUAGUGCUCUUGGUGAUUCAAGCAAUCUGAUUGGUUUGCUAUCUUGGUCUAUGAGGUGAAUACCAUGCACUCUAGGUGGUGAAUAUAAAGCAAAACAAAAUUGGUGUCAUAAACUGGCAUGGGUUCUUCCAAAGUUUCAGUGUAAGAACUUUUUGAAAUUCAAGAAUGUCUUAGUGUUGAUCAAUGAUUCCGAAUGUAAGAAAAGACUUCAUGGUGUUUGAACAGCGUGAUUUUAUUGUGAAGUGAUUUACUGCACUGACUUUUUAUAUGCUCGAAGCAAUGUUUGCCAAUUUAACUAACGAGGCUGCUUUGUCACUGUUUUGUGAACUCGGGCUUUCCUCAAAAGACUAAUUUUGCCUUCUAUAAAUACACUGUGAAAGUAUUAAAAUUUAUGCAGAAAAAAAGGGAGGCAAAUGAAAUAUUUUCAAAAAUUGUACGUGGCAGCAAGUUAACAAGUCAAAAGAACACUGCAGAUAAACAAGAUUCACCUUGAUCAUGGCUGCUGUUGACAAUAAAAAAAACUGCAUUUCUUUUCAGAAGGAAUAGUAAUUUAAAUUUCUGAAGUUUUCUUUUAAACCAUUUUGAUUUAUACAAGAUAUUAAAAAAAGAUUAACACCAUGUUUGAAGAUUAGCUGUUAAGAUCUAACUUUUGCACAUCUACUGUUUACGGCUACAUGUUCAUGCAAGAAUUCACCUGUCAAUCAAGCCAAUCAGUUUUUUUUAAUGGUUUCCUUUCUGAUUCUGCUGAGAGAUCAGUUCUUGGGCGUACAGUAUUUUUCUAAAACAAUAUUAUUCACCUCAGGUUCAGUUAGUGUUGUUGAAUAAUCCCCUUGACUUCAUCUCAGAGAUUAUUCAACAAAACUAACUUUGUUUUGGGGUGGAAUAAUUGUUACAUUAUUGGAAGACAAAGUACAUGUAGCUGCAUUAAAAAACACAACUUUUAAGUUAAAAGCUUACGAUGUUCUGUUUUUCCCCUUCUGCUGUUGUUUAGCUGGCUCUCUACAAUUCUGUUCAUCAAUUUCCAAGAUGUUUUAUUUUUUCACUUUUUUACAAGAAAACCUUUUUUGUUGACUGUCUGCAAAGCAAGGUGCUGCAAGCUGCAAGCGGCUAUAAAAGGCAGGAAUGUUGGCACCAAACUCACACAGUUCUGAACAUUUAUAACUUGCUACUCAGUGUUUCAUGCCUCUUGCGAAACAAUCGUCAGGCAACUGCCAAAAGUAAAGUUUACACUGUAUGAUCAAAGAUACAUAUAUAUAGGGAAAACAGAACAAAAAGUACUUUUAAGUAUUUGUUUUUUAAAAAACACUAGUAUGUUGACUGUAAGUAGUUAUGGCAACUUUUUUGUUACAGAUCCUUAAAGUAUAUGAGAAUUAAAGUAUAUGAGAAUCUCCAAAGAGGAAAGAAGAAUGUUGCUUACGGCAAGUCACAGACCCAAUGGUGAUUAGAGUCUUUUUGCAAGUCAUUUUUUUGUGUUAAAUUGCUUCUACACCUGUACUUUGAUAAUGUUGUUCAACACAAUAAGCUGCAUUCAGUUUUAAAACUUUUUUUUUCUGUUUGCAGGCCAGUAUUUCUGUUGGAAUGGAUGCCACAAACUUGUUUGAUACUGAUAAUGUCAAGAUUCUCUUGAAGGAAGGUGAGAUUUUUGGCUGAUCUUUCAUCAGAGGCUUUGCAGGCUUUUAGCCAGACAUUGAAAAGUGGCUGUCCAGAAGGAAUGUUUUCCCAUAAAAUUAUAAGAGAUUAAGUGAAUUUUUCCUUGUAAUUCUUCCAAAAAUGGGCAUUCAUAGGACGGCUGGACACCCUCCUGGCUAAAACCUUGCAGAGACAUCACUGUAAAUGCCUGAAAUAGUGCCAGUUUUAAAUACAUACAAGGUUAGCACCCCCUUGCUAUAAUCUUGAAACAUUACAUUGUAUACUUAUCGGUAUGUGUGCCCUUUGUAUAAAUGCUCUCUGCCCCACCCCUCUAAACACAGUAUUGACACAGUCACAAGAGAAUGACCCAUUUGAGAAAAUGAGCAUGUUGGGCGGUGCAAAACAUACAUCUCUUUAGUACACAGUAGUGCUUGAGGAUGGCAGCAUAACUUAUUGAUGACAUGUAGAUGUUACAAAUUAAUUAUUAGUUUAUGUACCAGACACACCCAAAUUUGCUACUGUACGUAAGUUAGGUUCAUAGUUUGCCUACAGGUAUGAUCUUACACUUUUUGUUUAUUCUAGUUGAAGACAUUGCACUCCUAUCACAUUAGUUUCCCCUAUCCCUCUUGGCUAAAAAAAAGAAAACUAAAUGAGCACCCCAGGCUGUAAUUUGAGUAUUUUGUGAUAAACAGUACAUCCCAAGUUUGAGCAUUAACUACAUCGCCAUACACAAAGAUUUGGAAAAAUUAACACCACAGCAUUGUAUUAGAUAAAGAUAAAAAAUUAGUUUGUUACGAUCAGGGUUGCAACGACAUUGGAGUUGUCAUAGCAACAAAAUGACACCAUUACUUAUUUCCUCCUUGGACCAUCUCUACUUGGGCAUCACAUAGACCAAAAUUUCUGCAUUUCUGCAUUUCCGCCUUUUAGGAUCUUCCUGACCCUCCAUAAAACUGCCCCUAUGUAUCAAUGAUAUUUAAUUAUUGCUGUCUUAGGUCCAUUCUGUGCUGAAGUCAUCACUUAGCUCCUUUUAAUACACAAACCCAAAAAUUAAUGCUCGUGUAGAGUUGUGAAGAACAUAUGAAACAAAUUUAUCUGGGACCCUAUAAUCAUAUUUUUUUUGGGGGGGGAGGGAGAUUUUUGUAGACAUACUAUUAAACCUGAAAAAAAAGGGCCAAUUUUGUUCAAGUUUCAAUCCAUAUCCAUACAUCCAUCCUGUUGAAAAUAUAGUGUUAAAUAACUGCUCUGUACACAUUUUAGCUUUACGUAAAGAAAGCAAAUGGCGUGAAAUACAUGCAGCACCCUUAGUCGUUUGCUUUAUAACAGCCACUGUGCAAUUUAUUGUGUGACAUCCUUUCUUUGCUCUUCACAGUUAUUAAUUGCAUUGGAGGAAUUGUGAUUAGAAGUCAUGGAUAG